AUGCAUGCAUGCAUACAUACAUACAUCCGUACAUCAGCACGGUUUUACAUACAUACACUCAUUCAGGCCACAGCAGCGGUGGAAGUCGCCCCGGCAGAUCCCUCCAGUGCAGCUGGCUUCGAUGGACCCUGCACCUCUUCAGCUACCGGAGCUGUCUCUAUCCAAGAGCCCCCCCAAGCAGAGGGCAUCCACCAAAUAGGGGACCGGUUUGAAGUGGUUGUCGAUUCCACAGUAGGGAAGAUCACCCAGAUAUUUGACACCAGAAAGAAGGCUGAAUCAUGGUAUGCUGCGGCGUUGGACCUCAAAGCCAAAAAUUCACUGGGACCUCUGUUGAAGGGUUUCCAAGCCGCUGUCGAGAGCAAUUCCAAACACCUGGAAGCUUGUGAGUCUGUGAAGGGCAAUCAUGUCAUGGAGGCGGAUGCGUCUUCAGCAUUUCGCUUUGAAGAUGGCUCUGCGGUUUGGGACGAUCUUGUGGGGGCAGAAGUUGCUGACGGAGAAGCCGGGGAAGCAAAACCUAGCCUUCCUGAGUGUGCUGUUCGUCUCCAUGGCGGUACUCUCAAGGCCUUCACUGCUAGUGUUCGAAAUGUAGGGGGAAAGAGGUACGCAGUUUUUCUUGGAAACCACUGGAAGGGCAAGGGGGCAUCAUCCAUCUGGAGAACAAACAAGCUGAUUGCUUCAUCCAAUUUAGAGGCCCUUUUCAAAAGUGCUCAGAAACACAUCGGUGAAUCUGAUACUGGUGAUAUGUGGGUUCUGGGAAUGGCUGCUGUGGAUGUUUCUGAGUCCAAGAUUUCUGUUGAUCAACCUGAUGCCUCGCUCCUAGAUUGGUUGGGGCAAUUUUCUCCUGCGGGGAAGCUCUCAGAGCAGUUUGCCGUACUCAUUGGCAACAUUGCCCCUGUCACAGCCGACAGAUCAAUGCGUUUCUUCCAGAUCGAUGCUGCAACGAACCAGGCGACGCAUGUUUCGAUGUCUUUUUUGACGAAGAGGCUUGCGAAUGAGACAUUCCACUGUUAUGAUGCAGACCAGCACGGGUGCUCAUUUUCACUGCGGGACAUCGUUGAGGGAGCUGUUUAUGAUUCUUGA